AUGGGCUGGUUUUCUCAUAAGACAAAAGAGCCAAGUUCCCUUGCCAGUUCGGCCAACUCAAAAUCCCCGAAGAAGGUUUCGGACAAUGGUGUUGCCGAUAAGGAUCUGAAAAACAUGGUCACAGAUAAGGAUACAGCCACAGCCACAGAGGACACCGAGGACGCUGUUGUCGAGAAGAAGAAGUAUGCAAAGGAGAGAGCUGUUCCGUCAGGAGCUUUGGAAGAAAACGAGUCCGAAACACUUGAAAACACGAAUCAUAACGCCUUACUCUAUCACUUCUCGGACGAUUCGGUGGACUUGUACAAAUCGGAGAACAAUUCACUGGAUCUCUUGGGAAGAAUGUACUAUGACGAUUAUGAUGCCGAUGACAAAGUGGUAGUUGAGAAAGUGGCUUCGUUCACUUCAUUAGCGUCGAUGGCACGCUCGCCUGCGCCACCCUCGAUCGAUGGAGCAUUAUCGCCUCGACUCACUCCUCAUGGUUCCAACAAUCCUGUGUAUCCAUGCAGCACACUGUUUGAAAGACAGGUGUCAUUUGAUACUUUGUGCGAUGAUCACCAUUCCUCUAUCACUUUGAAAGUCAAACAUCCGGAGUUCAAAUUUCGCAGAAACAAUAAAACGAUACUAGUGGGUUUCAGCAAUGACCCGGAGUCUUUGAAAGCGGUCGCUUGGGCGUUUUUAGAGCUUCUCAUUCACGGUGAUACUUUAGUCGUGCUCCAAGUUCUUGAUGAAAAGACAUACAAACAGGUUGACCCAGCGCUUGCAGACAUGGUCCUAGAGAAAUUGAAAAAACUCAAUACGCAUGGACGCAGAAUCUCGUUGGUAUAUGAAAUCGUCAUUGGUAAUCCUCAAAAGCUUCUUAAACUGGCUAUCGCCGAGUACAAGCCUGCGAUGAUGAUUGUGGGAACCCAUCAAUAUGGACAGACUCCUUUAGUACCCACAGAAAGUUCCGAUCAUCUUUUAAGCAUGCUGCAUCAUAGACACCCAUCUCCGACACCUCCUCUACUGGGCCAUAAACUGUCUUCGCUAUUUCACCAUGGGCACAAGUCUAUAUUUUCCAAGGCAACAGUGUCCGAGUACUUCUUACAGUACGCUUUGGUGCCCGUAAUUGUGGUCAAACCCUUUUAUGAGAUACGAGAGACAUUGGAAGUACCUAUUGAGUCAGAGAACUAUUUUCGGGAUUGGCUCGCAAACAUUGACAUUUCUCACACUUAUGAGAAGAAAAAGAAGCACAGGUUUGGUGGUUUGAGUCCAUCGAUGUCCAGAAGCUCUUCGGUUAACAACAUGUCUGAGCUCGUACCACUGGAAAGCCGUGGUCGUUCGAAAGAUGGGUUGUUCUCAGUAGAGAGCCGUGGCUCUUCUCGCUCGAGCUCCCGGUCGAGAUCUGUGUCAAAAACCAGACGAAACGAAGAAUUGAGUCCUGUCACAAGUCUGCGCCAGCGACUCUCACGACUCCUUAGUCACUAG